UAGCACGAUAAAUAGGCUUAUAUCAAUUCUAAAAAAUUAAAACAAAGCGCACAACACAAGCCAGCCGUCUCUCACAAUUCUCCCACCCCCGCAAACCCUAGUUUCCCUCUGUGAAAAAAAUGGCUAAAAGCCGUGAACCCGUGAAGCCAGUUGAGGAAUCCGAUUCCAGCGACGAAGGAAGCUCCUCCGAGGAGGAAUCCGACGCCGAUCUCGACCCCACCCCUCCCCAAAAUAAGCCACAGCCUCAGAUUCCCGCCGCCAAACCCUCGCAGCCGCUGCCUCCCCCUUCCUCCUCCGACGAAGACGACUCCGGAUCUGAUACGGAGUCUGAGUCCGACGCUCCGGAAGUCAGGCCACUCGCCGCGAAGCCAGUUGAAGAGACUCCGAAAUCAAACAGGAAGGCCAAAUCCAAUCCCACCGCGGAUCCCGUCACUCCGGGGAAAUCCGCCGCCGCUUCGAAACGCCCCGCUGAGGACACGGCCAGUAAGGAUGCAAAGAAGCCGAAGAAGAGCCCUGCCGCCGAGCCGGAGACGGCGGAGAAAAAGUCGAAUAUGUUCCAGAGGCUGUGGAGCGAGGAGGACGAGAUCGUGAUUUUGGAAGGGAUGAUAGAGUUCCAGAACAAGUUCAAAGUCGAUCCGUUGGCGAAUCUGGAUCAAUAUCACGAUUUUAUCAAGAAGAGUCUACAAACAGAUUUCACAGAUUUCACCAGGACGCAGCUGCAGGAUAAGAUAAGGCGGCUGAAGAGAAAGUACGUGAAGAGCAGGGAGAAGGACGGCAAGGAUAAGGUCUUUUCGAAGCCACAGGAGCAAAUGGCUUAUGAUCUCUCUAAAGCGAUUUGGGGAAAUGAGGAUAAGGGGGUUGUGAAGGUGAUGGGGAGUCCGAGAGCGAAUGGGAGUGUGGUCAGGAGAGCCGUUGGAAAGAAGGAUGCUGAUGAUGUGAAGAGUAAGGAGGUCGAGAAGAAGAUGACGAGCCUGAAUCGGUGUGGGGCGACAAUGGAGGAAAGGCUUUGCAUCUACGGGGAAGCGGCUUUUGGAUCAGGGGAUGUUGAAAAUGAAUGGAACAAGCUCAAGGUGGAAGAGCUCAAGGUUUACCUCAAACAGUUGGAGGUCAAAGUAGCACAAACCAAGCUUGUGUUGGCAGCCAUGGAGGGGAAGGAUCAGUAAGCCUUUGCGUGUUGUUUUGAUGUCUAUGGUUUUUGACUUUAUGUUUUUGUGUUAGCAUGUUUAUGGUUAAAAACUUGUCUUUUUUAGUUAGCUGUUAGUUAAUGUUUUGGUAUUGAACUCUAUGUUUUCUGAUCAUCUAUCUAUGUGAGUACCAUUUAUAUGCA